CCCUGGCACCCCUGGUGGUGUCGAUGCCUCGCAGAACCGGAGGGUGGUGAUUGUUUCGCCAGGAUGCCACAAGAAGAAAAGAGAAACGUGUGAGAGGGACCCAAUCGUACACGCCGUCGUUUUUCGCGUGUCAUUUAAACAUGACUUCAAUAUGUACAUCGACUACUGGUGUUCCGUAGAAAGGUAAACAAUUGUCAGCAGUUUGGCCUGAUACAGCCUAUAAUUUUCGCGCUUAUAAUAUAUAUAUAGUUAAAAUAAAAAUAUAUAGCGUCAACAUAAUAUAAUGAUAAUAGCUAUGUGUGCCAAUCAGCUGUACCGUGUUUGUGUGGUGCAAGAUAUAUCCAAGUGUUCAGCCAGGUUUUGCCCGUUUGUGUGUGCGUGCAGGUGUUAUCUAAUGGGAAAGAUGUAUUAAGAAUAUAAACCGGCAAUCCUUUACCGUACGUGUACACUCCAGCCCUCGUUAGAAGCAAGUGAGGCUAGCUUAUAUCUUAAUGCAGCCUAAAUAAGCAGGCACAUAUCGGCUUGUGCUGCAUUUCCGUAUACUGUAUACCGUGAUUAUCAAAGGAAAGCAAUUAGCGUACCAAAUAAUAAUAAUGUUAGCGGAUCCUACGGUGCCGCCGUGGCUUUUCAAGGCAGAGGCGCACAAACCUCAUGUGAAUAAAUAGAGCAGCGCCGGCCGUUAGCCGCGAAAAUCUCAACACGAACAAAAAAAAAAAGGAGCACCGAUCACCCGUUGAUAGCCAUUAAGUACUACUAACAACAAUAUAAUAGGCUAAUCAUUACUGCUAUAAAUAGAUCUCGGCAGACGCAAAAAUUAGCCUUCGAAGCACUUCAUUGAUAUAUAAACAAUAUUAAUAAUAACACAUGAAUGUUUAUAGACCGCCACGAUCGGUGUCACAUGUCCGAAGAGAAUGCUGUUUGUCGACUUCAGCUGUGUUGCGAUUGUGAGCUGCCCUGGAACAAACAGAGUACGCGGUCGCCACAAUCUGCAUCCGUUAAUAGCGACGUCAGCAGGAGCACGAUACGGUGCGGCGACGGCGUUCUCCUGUGAUACUCACAACAUUGGUCACCGUAAGAGCAAGGUGCUGCCUGCACAGACCGCAAAAACGCAGAAAAUCAAUGCAGCAGCUACCCUGAAACGAGGCCCGACGAAUAGGUUGCUCAAAUAUCUCACAGCUGGUGCUAAAAUUCAUCUUCAGCAUUGCAAACGCACUAGUGACAACGACGCGACCGUGGACGUAACUGCCGAAAAGGUAUUGGAAGUUCGAAAAACUAAAAUUAAUGACGCCAGUGGUGAUAACAGUCGGCGAUCACUAGCUUCAUAUCUUGCGUUCCUUGGAUAUCGUCUUUGUCCGUUGUAUACUGCAAACAGAACAGUCCAAUGACUAUCUAAAUAGAUCCCGAUAACAACAACAACAACGUAUAAUGAUGCCACGUAGAUUGACGAUUUGAUGCAUAAACAAGUCAACUCAAUAAAACGAUGCUCCUAUACAAUAUGUCACUUAAUUAUCAAGCGGAAUAACAUUCGAGACAAAGAUGGACGACCUGAAGGCAUUCCUGAAAAUGAAUAAUGGCGUCUAAAAUAGGCAGACCAGCUUCUCACCGAGCUGUGCUACCUUUACUGGCGCUGCGGUGAAAUGCAGCGCUCCAAUUGGUUCGACACUGGACCGCGGAUGUUGGCACCGAAAGCAAACCUACUAAAAUCUGCCCUUGAAGGCGAGGAACGAGCGUGUUGUGCAAAGGUGGCGUAAGGUUGAUGAGAAAUUUCUGUUAGUUAUUGUAGUGUUGUACCUAGUUUGUGCAUGUGUAAGUGAAGCCAGAAGGGAAGUUGUGUGAGAAACGUAUGAACGUUGUAUAAGUUAAAUGCUAUAGGUGUUGUGGAGGGAUUCGCUUCGUAUCGUCGUCUUUUGUUCUCUGUUCUAAGAACAACUGCUGCCUGAACUCCAAGAAAGACAAGAUGACAAACUUAUUGCUCUUCGCAUCCUCACUGCUAUACAUAGGUGGCAGGGGUGGUCAGGGAGCUGGCGUAGGUGUCAGUUUCGACGGUGCAGUGGGUGCUUUCGGGAGCUGGUUGUUGUUACUCACAAUUGGCAGCUUUACGGAGGCAAGCAAGUAUCAGGCUCCGUCAUUUCAUGAGGAACCUCCAUCCCGGGUUCGUUUCCUCAACAGCAGCGGAGUUGUGAUCCCCUGCGCCGUACAGGGUCAGCCCCCGCCACGAAUAACCUGGAUACAUCGCGAUGGCAGCGAGGCCCCCACCGUGCCUAAUCUCCGCCACGUGCGCUCUGACGGCGCUCUCGUGCUCGAACCGUUUGCGGCACAGGACUUCCGGAGUGACGUGCACGACACAGCGUAUCGGUGCUCCGGACAGAAUUUAGCUGGGGCCGUGCUUAGCAGGGACGUCAAAGUCACCGCAGUGAUAAAGCGGACAUUUACGGCGAAGGUAUUCGAACGAACGAUAAUCCGGGGUAAUACAGGUGUCCUGCGAUGUCAUAUCAGCGACGUAGACAGAGCGUACAUUCAAGUCAAGACGUGGCUUGUUAACUCAUUUCGAUUAAACGCUGGUUCAAUAGGAGUGCGCGGAAAAUAUAGCGUAUUGUCAAAUGGAGGUGACCUCCAUAUACGGAAUGUGGAUUCAACGGAUGCUGCAGCAACAUAUGAAUGUAUGGCACAGCAUUUGCUCACACAGGAAACGGCCAUUAGCAUCGCUGGCAAGAAAAUCAUAGUUCGAGAAGCCGUGUCAAAAGCCCCUCUCAUCACGGAUUCGCACCGUCACGUCCGGACAAAACGUGGCGCCACCGUAGAGCUGCCUUGCAUUGCCCAGGCUGUUCCUCCUCCAAGCUACCAGUGGUUCCGCCGGCUCAAAAGGCAGAGCGUGCCGGUUCCCGUCGUGCCGAGUGGUCGCGUAUCACAGUACGACGGCACUUUGUACAUACACCAGGCGAGCACAAAUGACGCCGGCACGUACCUAUGCCAAACCAACAACUCGAUGGGAAUGGAAACCACUGAAACGGAGCUCAUUGUGACGGAUGCAUUACACGCAGUGAUUACGCCACGAGUCUAUCGAGCAGAUUUGGGCGGUAACGUCUUACUGAACUGCACCGUUCGAGGAACCCCCGUGCAUCGGGUCGAGUGGUUACACAACCAGCGUCCAGUGCAUUCGCAAUACGCUGGCAGCAGCUCGGGCACAACUGCGGGCAUGGGGGCUGGAGGUUCUGGCCUCCACGACCCCAGCGGAGUUUCGUUCAUCUACUCAAUUUCGAAUGCCCGUCAGGAACACAAAGGCGUUUACCAAUGCUUUGCCUACAAUGAUGAUGAAAGUACUCAGGCGUCCGCCAUACUCGACAUUACAGACGAACCCCCCGUAUUGAUCGAGACCUUUGAAGAGAUCACGACUAGUCCAGGCCCUUCGGUGUCGCUCAAAUGCAUAGCUUCUGGACGACCCCUGCCGCAGGUCACAUGGACCCUGGAUGGGGUCGCUGUUCCUGAAGAUGCUCGCUACCGGAUUGGCGAUUACGUCACACGCGAUUCGUACGUCGUGAGUUUCGUGAACAUUUCUUCAGUACGGGCUCAGGACGGCGGGAUGUAUCAAUGCACGGCUCGAAGUGACGCCGGCGAGGCGGAACACGGGCAGCGUCUUAACGUCCACGGGCCCCCGUUCGUACGUGAAAUGAAAAAUGUCUCGGUGUUAGCCGCGGAAACGAUGACGCUCAUCUGUCCUGCCGGAGGCUGGCCGAUUGACUCGAUCACCUGGGAAAAAGAGAACAUACGGCUUCCGUACAACCAUCGGCAGAAGGUCUUCACUAAUGGGACACUACUGGUGCAUGACGUUGAGAGGGCGACAGAUGAGGGUCGGUACACCUGCACAGCGAAGAACUCACAAGGGCAGUGGCAAUCGAACGGCGUUUUUAUUCGGGUCCUGGUCAAGCCGGUGCUAGUACCAUUUAGCUUUCCCCAGAGCCUUCAUCAAGGGCAGCGAUUCAAUGUGCUCUGUACCGUAUCCAAAGGCGAUUCACCCAUUCACAUUCGAUGGUACAAGGACGAACAGCGAUUGAGUGCAACGGAAGGUGUUUCAAUUCUCAAUGUCACCGAGUUCUCGUCAACGUUGAUCUUCAACGAGCUCCAGCCUCAUCAUAAAGGCAAUUACACUUGUGAGGCACGAAAUGAUGCCGGAGUCGUACGUUUCACUGAGCAGAUGGUCAUACACGUCCCUCCAAGCUGGCGGGUGGAACCCCACGAUACUCCAGUGGUUAAAGGCACCACAGCUUUUCUCGAUUGUCAGGCAGACGGGUUUCCUCAACCGAAGAUUCGUUGGACGAGGGCACAAGGAGACGAUCCGGCCGGGGACUACAAGGCUAUACAAAGUUCUUCACAUUCGCACGUAUAUGAAAACGGAACACUAAUUAUUCAGGGGGCAAAAUCAAGCGAUGCGGGCUCUUACCUCUGCCAGGCAGCUAACGGAGUUAGUCCGGUGCUCAGCAAGGUCGUGCGUCUGUCGGUGCACACUGCUGCUCAUUUCCGGUGGAAGUUCCGUGGGGAGACCGCCCAGAAGGGCCAGCCAGUUCGGCUAAAGUGCGAAGCGUUCGGGGAUGCUCCACUCGUCGUUACCUGGACCAAGGACAAGCAACCGUUUGAUCCGCGCAACAAUCCUAGAUGCACUGCAAAUGAGACUCAUGCCGAGCAUAGCGUCGUCUCCGAGAUUAUCAUCACAGACACGGAUCGUCGGGACUCUGCUCUGUUUUCAUGCAUUGCCCGCAACGCGUACGGAUCUGAUGAUACAAAUAUCCAACUCAUUCUACAAGAGCCCCCGGAUCCACCUCAGGAUGUUAAGGCACUGGACAUCAAAGAACGGAAGAUUCGAAUUAGCUGGAUGGCUCCCUAUAGUGGGAACAGUCCCAUUGUCAAGUAUAUUGUGCAGUACCGUAACCACGAAGAGAAUUGGCACUCGCGCAAAAAUAAGAACGUCUCCGUAUCGGGUUCAGAUACUGAGGCCGAGUUGGUUUCUCUGUUGCCUGCUACCAUGUAUGUAGUUCGCGUUUUAGCCAUAAACCAGAUUGGCUCAAGCGAGCCUGGCAGUGACACCCACAUCAAAACUCAUAACGAAGCGCCAGAGGGGCCACCGCUGAACGUCCGAUUAGAACCCGUUGGUCCGCACUCUGUUCGAGUUUCAUGGAAGCCACCUCGCAAAGAGCUUCAACACGGGGACUUGCGAGGGUACUACGUUGGCUUUAAAACUCGCAACUCAUUUGAAGAAUUCGCUUAUCAAACAGUCGAGUUGAAAGAUGAUCAAGAAAACGAAUUGAGCCUAAGCGGAAUCGAGGAGGCUGAGGGAGGCUCUGAUAUCGGGAUCUACUUUGUUAACGGACUACGGCGGAACACUGAAUACACAAUAGUAGUUCAAGCGUUUAACGACAAAGGUUCAGGGCCCGCUUCGCCAGAGAUGCACGUCCGAACCCUCGAGCAUGAUGUUCCGGAAUCGCCAGAUUUCAGUGUUAAGGCCACAACUAAGGGAAGCCUUACAUUAUCGUGGCCACCUGUCCCCCAAAGUACGAAUUUUGGUUAUAUUGUCUAUUAUCGGAAGCAAAAAUCUGGCGAAUGGCAGAAAUCGCUGGUUCCGAAGAACGCUCUAAGUCACACGAUUACCGGACUUGAUUGCGGUCAAAAGUAUUUUCUCUACAUGAGGGCCGAGAACUCACCAGUCCGCGGCGAACCAAAGAAUCUUGUAUCAACAUCAACCAGCGGAGUCGCCCCGACUGCACCGGAAAAGCAACAAUUGUUAUCGGACGCUAAUGAUACGGCAGUUGCACUAAAUUUGGCGAGCUGGCGUGAGGGCGGCUGUGUAAUUGAGUCAUUUCACGUUGCCUACAAGCUGGCCACCAGUCUUGAAUGGAUCAAUGUGCCUAGAGAGGAUUUACCCCCCCUACCGUUGGCCUUGUUGCCGCAGCAGUCGAGUAGCCAUACGGGUGGUACAGUCUCGAAAACCUCCAGUACAAGCAGUGCAACGAGCGUCAUCGUCGGCAAUCUCUUACCAUCGAUGCCCUACUUACUUCUAGUUCGCGCAACAAACAGCGCCGGCACUACCGAGGCGCAAUACGACUUCGUGACCUCGCGGCAAGCAAGAGACAACCCCCUGUCUUCAACGGUGGGAGCGCGACGAUCACCACUGUUGCAGUUGGAGGUCAUAAUUCCUGUAGCUGCGUCUGUGCUAGUCGUGGCGCUCGUUAUCGGUGCCAUCUGCUUUGUAAUCAAGAAUAAUCGCGACAAUAUGCACCCGUAUGACGAGAGUUGUGGUUCAGGGUUUGGCGUGUUGCGUAAAAACCAGACGGUAGUUGGAGGAGUCGGCGUGGGUGUUGGUGAGUGCGUUCAUCUAGCCGAAAUGGACGGCUGCAAUAAGAUGGAGCUUCCCGGCAGUCAGCUGCUCAAGAAAACCAGCGAGGGGUACUACGCCACUCCAUACGCUACCACCCGACUCGCGGGUCUCAACCUCACUAGCGGGGUUCAUAACGCCAUGGUGUCACAGCAUCCCGGCCAUCCUGGCCAUAUUAGUCACCCGGCCGGAAUCGGCGUUCAAGUACAACCAAUGUGCGGUGGCGAGCAGAGGAAAUUUCCCGUGCCUAUUGGUUCGUCACCAGACUGCUUCAAACAGAUCGUCUCUGAAGAAGAAUCGUCGUACGCCACAGUAAAGCGCACCCCUAGACAAAUGCGGCAGUCGUCCGAAUUUAAUAUCUACAAUUAUCCAGCCGGGACAGCAGGCACAGUUAUGGGAAGUCCGGACGAAAUGUCCGAUCUCGAUUCGAGCACGAUAGGCCAAUGGGAGGGUGGCCAAGGAUGUGGGGUGAACAACAAGUUCCGCGCGAUUCAGGGACUCGAGCAUAUGGUUAACCAUCACGGACAUCCAUAUUGAGUAACCGUGCUAGCAAUUCGAAUACAUCGGCUUAGAAACCUUGUGACGUCGGACGCCCAUUGUCGUGUUCAAACUAUCCUGUGCCAAUACCCCCGCACUCUAAUUGCUAUUAAGCCAAUACUGUGCCGCCCUUGAGACGCUACACCUUUGCAGGGAUUUCGCUAUCUCAGAAUGAAGCUUUACUUCGCGAAGUUCCAUGUAAAUACUUCCGUCAAGAGUAGAAUAGGGUAUACGAAUACAUACAUACAUAUGUAUGUAUGUAUGUAUAUAUAAAGCUACUUCUUCUGACGAUUACCAAUGAACUAAGUUAGGUAACUAAUCAAACAUCGACACAAAGGACGACCUUGAUGUAUGUUCGCUACCUGUCAUUCGUACGGGCCGACUACCGAAUUCGGCCGUAAAUUUAGAUACGUAAACAGAGAGAAGCCUGUUGGAAGGCGGCAGAUGAUUAGAGAUUUGUACGUAACAAAGCAGGCCCGAAAAAAUGCAUAACUCCGGUAGAGAGAGUAAUGAUUAAGCAUAUUAGAGAUUGCGGCAAAAAGCUAUGGGAAGCGACAAAGUGUACUGUUGUACUACACGGUUCUAAAAUUAGAAACAAACGUUAAAUAAACAACAAGUGUAUUAGUAAAAGUUCUCAUGAUUUUGAAGACGAAACUGGAAUAAGGAGAUGAAUAAGACGGACGACAAUUCCGAACGAACUCAUUCCCUCACUCAAUCUGUACAUAGUCUCUGUGCAUACAUCGAAAACAACAAUAGCUUGAAAAUAGUAACAAUAAUUAUUAUAAUAAUGCAAAAAAUGCAUGUUAAUAUUGCAUAGAUAUCGAAGUUGUGUUUCAUAGACAGUUGAGUCAUACUGGCUUGUUGUAUACAUCAUUUUCUUGAGACCAUACGAUAAGUGCGGGGCUGAUCGUCGAGCGUGUCUUCGUAGCUAAUAAAAGCUUUUAAACAACUGGUAGAGUACGAACGAUUUAGCCGAAUUAUACUGUAUGUUUCGGAUUUCCUAUUCCGAUUCGCGUUUACCUAAGUUAAUGUCUACUGUUAUUUCAAGUUUUUUUUUUUUUUUUUUUUUGCUUCGCUAAUCCCGAGCUGAACGUCAAUUUAAACUUUCGAAUUUUAACGGUUGACCCACCUCGGCGUACCAGAAACUUUUGCGUACGAAUGUAACCCAAAUGCUAACGAGUCACAGGCUAUUCGGGAGUCUAAAUACUGAUCAAACAAAAAGUGUCGAUAUAGGUGACUUGCGCAGGAAAGUCGGUAGGAUUAACACGUAGAUGUGUCGAAUCGUGAAUUUAAAGAAAUCCAUCAACUUUGUGUAUAGACCGAAAGAGUGUCGUUUUCACUCACUUCUGGGAUCGACCCGCAGAAAGAAAAGCCCACGGAGGGUCAUGCACGGUGCGCCCUUGGGUCAAACAGUUACGCUAAAUGCCGGACCUGGGUGAAUUCCGUUUUUCAAAAAUAGUUUGGUGAACAAAUCGUCGAGUUAAAAGGCCAUAAAUAAUCGCUCCUAAACCAAAGGCCGUUUUGUAGUUGUUAUAAUAAUAAAGUUGCUUUGAUUCUUUUUCUCCUUCUCUAACAGAUGCUAUGGGCUUAAAUUACUUCGAACAUUUAACUGAAGCAGUUAGGGAGGCAUAAUGAGUACCUUGUUCUUCGUAUCUUUCAACAUGCGACUAGCUCCACAGGAAGAGCGCUAAGAAUAAUAUAACGUGGCUUAGUGAUAAUCGUCAUGAACCGCGCUAACGGCAGAUGAAUCAUUGGAUUAUCUAGAGGAUUUCCUUCGGUGACUGACUGCUUCUACUAAUCUUUCUUUAAGGAUCUGGCACUGGAUACAAUUUUAGAUUCGCGUCUUCACUUGCCUUUAAACAACCUGAGGUUGCCAUUUACACUAGUCAGUUUCCCUUUGCAUAUAUCACCUGUAUUCAUUGUCUUUAAGGCCCUGUCAUUGUUUCUGCACAAAUCCAUGCUAGUUAGGUCCUAACCUUGCGGACCUUAGGUGCUUCAUGGAUGUACUACGCCUCCUACCUGCCUCUCUUAUCUACCUGACGCAUAAUUGCGUUGUUCCAUUCGUACUAGUAUUGUGGUGCUUGGCAAACGGGGUAGUUGUAAUAGAAUGAAGGACUGAAACGAAGGCGUGCACUACAUUAAGAGGUCUGCUAGAUAGAAGAGAUCAAUUGAGAGGCUGGGUUACGGCCCGCGUCAGGCCCCUAACCUGAGAAUGUAACCCAAACAGCAAAUACAUAUCCGAGCCGAGAGGUGUUGAUUGAUUCUAGGUCGCACUUGGAAAAGUCGACGGUUCCUACGAAUACGGCGCUGCCGUCAAUGGUUGAUUCACCAUAAUGGAGUGAGUAUCAUACACACACACAUAUAUAUAUAUAUAGAACAUCGUAACAAAGCCUGACACAACGGCAACAAGUAAGAUCAGCAAGAGGUUAAGCAAACAUCGGUAAAUAAAGGUGCGGUUCGUGUAAACGGUAAAUGAGAAUUAAUGGAAAGGCUGGUGGAAAUAACUUUAACGACGAGAAUGGCUACGUUAGGAGCUGUUUACAGAUAAUAUACACAUAAAUAGUUAGAUAAAGGAACAAGAACGCCGAUGCUAAGAUAUAUAUAAAAAGCAAUGAAUGCCUAUUAAAAAAACGGACCGAGUGGCCAACUAACUUUGAAAAAACUAUGAGAAAAAUGUAAUAUUAUUCAUAAAAAAUGUUAAGUAAAAAAAAUGUACAAUGACGAACAUGAUACAGUGAUGAUGAUUUUGCUGAAUGGGACAAUGCCGGAAAUGAGAGAGAACGAACCGAAGGGUCAACAAUUCCUAGUCAGUUACAUUGGUCGAUUAAUAGGGGGGUGUCGCUGUUCUAAUACUAUAUACAUACAAAUUAUAGUAAUAAUAACAAUGAUAGCAACAACAAUAUGCUUGAUGAGUAAGUAUAGUGCAUAAAAAGCUGAAAGCUAAUGUCUGUUACGAAUGUUGGUGAUAUUUUUAAUUUGACAAAAAAUGAUGUUGUGUAAAUGUGAUUUAAUAAAUAACACAAACGGUGCGUUAUGUGUAAUACAUGCAUGAGCGUAGCACACAUUGCACAGGGACGGGGGAAAAAGAGAGAGAGUUAGGCAAGUAAAAAACUGACUAAAGAUAAACUUGACCGAAUGAGACGAUUCGUAUAAAAAGGUGGGCCACGAAGUUAAGCGUAAAGGCCCGAAUCGGACUGACUUCAUGGCGGUGAAGGGCCGUUGGAUGUUGGUGCAUAUAAUGCCGACUGGCAAAUAUAGAUAAAGCGCAGUUGCAUUGAAAUCGAGCUAAAGAAGGGAAAUACACAAGCUACAUUAAAAAGUGAAAAGGAAAAUCGGUACGCUCAAAAGAUAACGAAAAGUAAUCGAUGUUAACAGUGUCUAAACACGACCUGAGGUCGGAGCAGAAAUACUGAGCUCGAUUGAAGGCGCAGCUAUGCGGGUACACGCCGGGGUAAUGUGCGGGGGAAAACAAUAAAAAAAAAUAGAGACAAAAACGUUCGAUGUCUAAAGGACUGCUAGACAGGAAAGGGGUGCCUGGAAGAAACCUCCAAGAAAUGGGGGCAAAGCUGUAUGAAGCAAAACUACAAAGAGGA